AUGACCAUCAAGUUGAGCUACCUCCUCUACAAGGAGAGACGAUCUGGCGACCCUCUGGCUCGCCCGCACUUCUUUAAAAUUACACCUACUGAAUCUGUGCGCAAUUGGACCGGCAAUAUCUCAGAGGCAUCGUUUGAAGAAUUCAAAAAGACUCUCUUCGCUCAUGUGACAACCAGCCGAAAAAUUCGCCGGAUUCUGGACAUGGGCAACUGCUCAGGGAGACUGUACUUCUAUGUCAGUGCUCAUUUAGGACAGCCCCUCGGUGUUUGUUGCCCACUCCACGGGAUCCAUUUUUGUAGCUUUGCUUCAUUUGUGGCCGAGGCCAUGCGACAACCUGAACGACCCAUCACCAUAAUUAUGUCAAUGCGCCAUGUGGGCCGGCACUGUGUCGCGGAUGGGACUGAAGUUGCGGACCAUUUCUCUGGUGGUUCCUUUUUUGUUCUCAGUGAGAGAAACAAGUGUCCUGGAAGGGAGCACCAAUUUCAUACCGACCGUCAGGGCUUUCGACUACAGCCACACCUUGUACCAUCACGCAUCAAACCGGAGAUCGGACCGCUUGGAUUUGUUGAAGAACUUCUCGUAUUCUGUGGCAUUCCUCAGAACGACAGGCUUACUCACGGCCUAAUCGAUCUUCACCAAAUAGACGACUGGCGUUUUUUUGUUGGGAGGUCAUGCGAGGAGUUGGAGGACUUGGGAUUUGGGACCCGUACAAUUCAAUUGCUCGCGGAUGGUGUCCCAAUGUACAUAGUUCACUUAAACGAUACCCUGUUUGAUACAUCAGAUGAGGAUGAAUUCAUUGACUAUGACGAUGAAUUCUAA